ACAAGGGAAACAUUGUUUAAAAUGGCCUACACGGAGAGCGAUAAGUCGAGUCAAUACUAAGGAUUGGUGAUAACAGGAAUAUAAAACUGUGUCGGGCAGUGCGUAGUUUUAAUUAUGUAUAACAACUCCAUUGUUAUAUGAACAAAACUGUCAACCUGUGUUAGCCUUCAUGCGAACUGAUUAUAGACAAUAGGUUUUAUAAUUUCGCUUGCCUCGACUAUGCAGUGGGAAAAACGAUAGACUAGCUACUUAAUAUUUUUCUGUACUUCCACGUCUUGUCGUUCUCACGCCAAGAGGUGUACUCCACCCCUGCUGCACAUUUCUAUAACGAGUAGAUUAAGAAAAUCUAAAUCAGUCGUCCGAGAGAAGAAAACCAGGUGCUCUAAUUUGUUCAAAUACGCUCUAUUUGUAUUGCGCAAAUUUUCAACGUUAUUCAAGAAAGCAGUUAUAACACAUGAUUGUCAGAUAUAUAGCAUUCAGUAACCUGUAGGCUAUACAGUGAAAGGAUAAGCCUACUCGAAAGGGUUUCGAAAAUAGCAAUCAGAGUGAUUUGGUGAAUUUCGAGGAAACAAGAGGUCCAUAAGAUUUUGGAUGGGGCACACACACUGCGUGAGUAAGUCCGUCGAGACUGAACCAGCGACGCUUUGGCAAGAUUGGCGAAGGAAGUUCAGAUCCUUUGCCCGAUCAGCAACAGAACGCAGAGGUGCAUCAUCACCACCGACGGGUUUUAUGACUCUUUCAGACUCCGCACCCGAUAAGUCAUUAUUAACAGCCGUGCAUCCAAAAAAUCAGCUGGAACAGCGCCGACUUGAGCAAACCGUGGAUGCCGAGGGAUUUGAGAAAGCAAUGUUGCACUUGAGCGAGUCCGGCUGGUACUGGGGACCUCUAACAGCAAUAGAAGCAAAGCAAGUUCUUGAUGAUGCCCUUGAGGGUACUUUCUUGUUGCGGAAGAGCUCAAACCCUGCAUACAUCCUUACCCUGUCUGUGAGGACCAGUCUCGGACCCACACACCUGCGCAUUGAGCAUGAGAAUGGAAGGUUCAGCUUUGACUCUGUGGCAUUGGCACGCCCUCAGCUCAGGCAGUUUAAAGGUGCUGUGGAACUGGUGCAGUACUAUGCCCUGGCUUAUCAGAGGUUAGCCAGCCCCACAGAGGAGACCAGGCCUGCUGAGGAGGUUGAGGAGAAUUCCUUGCAAGUGGCGCCUGAGACAUUGCAACUGAAGCUGACCAGGCCUCUCCACAAAAAGCCUGGUAGUCUCCAACAUCUUUGCCGUAAGGUCAUAAACCAACAUUCACACAGUCACAACGACUUGCCCCUGCCUGAACGGUUGAAGGGUUUCCUACUGGAGUAUCCAUUUCUGUUGUAGGACCACAAAACAUUGGCAACCCUUAGAAAAAUGGCCUUGACAGCUCAAACAAAUCAGGUUUGUCAUGACCAUAAUUUCUGUACAAAUAUAGGAGUGUUGUUGAUGGUGUGUUUUUCAAAAGGCUAACUGCAAAAAUCUUCGUCUAUGACUUGUUAUGCCCUAAACACUUGACUUAGUAGUGCUGCUGUCUAUGUAUAAUAGAAUCACCAAAAAUACUCUAUACAAAGGAUCAAAUGCCUUAACAGUAUGAGUCCUCAUAUUGCAGUUUUCUGCAUUUUCCUGUUGCAUAUACCAAGAGUAUGUGCAGUUUGCUACCAGUGUUCACCAUCUUACAUCUUCUUAAGACAAUUAUUCUUGAAUUGUAGUUUGCUGAUACUUGCCAGUACUUUGUUGCAGUACCUUAAUUCAUGGGAAACACUUAAAUACAGUAAAUAAGAUUGCAACCAGUCACUCUUGCAUACACAGUUUUAGAAUGGACUGAAUUUCCAUGAUGGCUCUUGGAGAGCAAUAAAUAGAGCAAUACUGUCUUAAAUGUACAGUCCACAAUUCUAAUUCCCAUGCAUUUUGUGUCAAAUUCUGCAAAUUGCUGUUUCCAGCCCUCUGACCAUUCAGUGUUUAAAAAAAAAGCCUUUGUUGUUCAUGCAUGGAAACAAAUGAUGAUUUGUUUGUUGGAAACAGCCAAUAAUCGUGGUACUUCUGGAGCAUGGAAGGAAGGGGUGUAAUGAGAUUGGCUGUUUAGCUCAAACAUCAGUAACCUUUCAUACAAUUUGAAACCAAAUGCAUCUUGUAUUACACCAAAUUUUAUAUCACACAAAACAUGACGUAAGAGAACUUCUUAUGUCAAAAUAGUUCUGCUCAUUUGGACUGUAUAUAGCAAUGAUUUGAUACCUGCUUGUAAACAGUAGCAUUAUUAUUAUGUAUAUGUGACAUAAUUAAGGUUGCAAGUUUGUAGUCUCCACUUUGAAUUCCAUAAACAAGAACUUGACAUGAAAACAUAUUUUUUAGAGAUGUGUUUGAAGCCAAUACACAAUAUAGGGAUAUCAACUGGAAUAGUACAAACAAUGAUUAGACAUGUCUAAAGAAGGUUGCAGCUAUGAUAUCAGUGCAUAUCUUUUGAUGCAGCUUAUGAGGGUCAAAGGUGACAGUCACCAGUGUCUUGUCAUAUUUCCUGAUCUUUACUGAACUUUAACUGCUUGUUCUGGUGUUAAGUAUCUUGCAGUAGCCAAAGAUUUAUGGUUUGGAAGACCAGUACAGAGAGGUCAGUUGAGUGUUCUAAAUAAAAUCAACAUGCUCUCUACUAAGCUAGUGGCGAAUUAAUUAUCUUCAUCAUGAGCUUUUGUUUGAAAAGUGAUUUUAAUAAGAAUUGUCAUCAUUUUUUUAACAACAGUGCUUUUUGAUAGAUUUGCCUUAAGACGUAAAGCUACCAUGAGCCAUAAGGAGUCAUUGAGUGAAAAUGCAUGGGAAGUGAGAGGUUUAGGCAGACAUGACACGCUGUACAGCAUGACUUUUUCAACAACACAUUUUUUUCACAACUCUCACUUCUGGGGCAGAAUUACUAACGACGGUGCAGUGCCAGCCUUAGAAGAGAGUUACUGGCCUGUGCUAUGUCCAUAUACAUAUGUACAGCUCUGGGGGGAAAAAAACAUUCUGAUGUCGUCCUACGGUUGCCGAGUGAUAUUGAAAUGAGUUGACGCCGGUCAUAGUCAAAUUUGCAGUGGUCUCUUAUUUUUUUCCAGAGCUGUAUAUCAUGAUUGCCAAACAUUGUAUCCCUUUUAAUGGUGGUCAUUGGUUCCACAAUUCCACUCCAUUGUGAUUUAAUGACACUGUUGUAGAUGCUGCAAAUGAUUGAUUACAUUAUCAUCUGCAGCAAUAUGAAAAGGCAGAGUGUGCGGUCGGUGUCUGCUUUGUUACUGUUUACAUUGUCUCUACAACAUGUACAUGCUCUCUAUAACAUGUAUAUCUGCCCUUAUUUUUUCCCCAUUUUUGACUAACAUGAAAUAUCCUUGUACAGUUAUUAAUUUUACAUUUUUUACUAUUGACUUUGACUAUUGGAAUUGGCCAUACAUACCAUCAUGGAUUGUGGUAUUCCCACAAUGUUUUCAGUAAGUGGGCAUUGACAUUUUAUGAAUGUGAAAUUAUUUAUACAAAAAGCAAAAUAUUGUGACCCAACAGGCUGAACACAAAGAUCAUAAAUCAACCUGUCAAAGAAGUGCCUGUAAAGAAGCUGUAAAUGAGAUAUGCUGGUGUACAGCUCAUCAAAUAAACCUGAUGUCUUGGAAAUUA